UCACUAGGGAGACCCUACAAGUGUCCUCCUACUCUCCAGUUAAUUGAGGGCUUCUGACUCCAAGUGCCCCUUCACUCCUCAAGACAGCUGACUGUAAACACACACACACACACACACACACGGAGAAAAAAAAUGGUUCAAGACUCCUCUUACUACCCAUAAAUUAACGACAAUAUGUUGUUCGCAAGGAAACUUCCCUAGUCUUGGGAGGAACACAUGUCAACAUCAGGAGCCGCGUGUUCAAACUUUGUUUUGUGUGGAACCUAAAACUCGGCAAAACUUUCCGAUGGGAUUCCCGUGGACGCUCGAGCAGCUGUGACUCAAACAUGGAUCUUUUGAAAGUCUUUUUAAAGUCAUCUGCCUGCAUCUGGUGCUUGAGUUUGCUGCCUGUGAAGUUACUUGCGCAGCUGGCUCCAGAGUGCUAUCCGGGUGGAUACAGGACGUUGAGGAACGCAUAUCGAAGCGUUGAUUUCGACUCCACUGAACUUCAAAACACAGCCAUACAGGAGCUGAUUUGUGAUCAUUCAUUGCCGCCAGGAUGGUACCGAUUUUCCAUUAACAAUAAACCAGCAGAAAUGCCAACCCGCUGCGUUGAGAUGAACCGCUGUGGUACACAGGCUCCAGUGUGGUUGUCUCUUAAGGACAGCUCUCUGCCGAGGCCUGGAGAGGUUAAGCAGCUUUCGGCUUGUGCAACAUGGCAGUUCUUCCACGGAAGCACUAAAGAUUGCUGUCUUUUCCGGAUCCCGAUCUCAGUCCGCAACUGUGGAGAGUUCCUGCUAUACUUCCUACAGCCGACUCAAGGUUGCAUGGGAUACUGUGCAGAAGUUGUUUCACCAUACACCCGUAAAUCCUGCCCACCUGGUGAAACUGAAGUCAACGGUGUGUGUAAAGCGAACGUCCCCUCUUUACCCUCUAAACCGGUGGUUUCGGCUGAGCUGGUGGGCAGCAGCGUCCAUCUGCGCUGCUCUUUCCCUGGGGUGUUGUCCGUGUGGCCGCUGGGCUUUCAGGUGGUGUGGGCCCGAUACUCCUCCAACACCAUGAAGGUGGAGAUCAGACGAGAAACCACCACUCGACUCUACUCACUGGCAGAAAUGGACGGACUGCACUUCAGACUCGGAGAAACGUUCUCCUGCAGUGUCUCUACCUUCCUGCUAAACUCCUCCAGCUCACAGUCGGCCUCCAAAGAGAGCGUCGGUUUUUUUGCAGGAAUUAAGUUUGUUCCAGAUGUCCUGCAGAUUCGCGAAGAUGCCAGAAAGCAUGUUUUGACCGUUCACAGCACGGUCCCCAUACCCUGCCAUGGGUUUGAACACAACCGCCGCUGCAAAGUGGCCCUCGCUCUCAGUGUGCGGGAGUCAGACAGUGUAGUGGUGGAGGUGUCAAACGUGGCCUUGUCAUCCUGCGUUGUGGAGCUACUGUCCCAGCCCUGUCGAAGCAGCGUCUGCGCUCAGGCCACUGUGACGCUCACCGCUGUUACCGAUUUCACUCGGGAUGGGAACCGGGUCAGUUUUCUGUCCGCUCAGCCCAUUGAAGGAAGUCCUCGCCUCUGGAGGGGUUACAACCCACCACCGCUGAAGAUCACAGUUCAAGAUGUUCCAACAGCGACCUGUUACUCCCUGACUGACCCUCACAUCAUUACUUUUGAUGGCAGGCGGUACGAGAACCAGCAAACAGGCACAUUUUUGCUUUAUAAGAGCACAAAGCGUGUGUUCGAGGUCCACACGAGGCAGUGGGAUUGUGGAAGCCGGCAUUACGCCGUGGCUUGUACCUGUGGAGUGGCUGCUCGAGAGGGCAAUGAGGUUUUGACCUUUGAUAUGUGCAAUGGGCAGCUGCAGGAAACACGUCCACACUUGUCUGUCAAGGUCUUAGGAGCAUCCGUGAGAAACCGGAUUAAGAUCCACGAGACGCAUCAAGGGAAGAAAGUCACGAUGGUUUUUGCCUCAGGUGCGUUUGUGAGAGCAGACGUCAGCGAUUGGGGAAUGAGUCUGUCCGUCAGGGCUCCAAGUCAGGACUUUAAUGCCACCAGAGGCCUGUGCGGGUUAUUUGACCGGAACAGCCACAAUGACCUCCAUCAUCCUGCAGGCACAAGCUCUCGUGACAAAGACCUAGUGGAAUUCAUUGAAGGCUGGAGGAUCGCGCCUGGGGAGAGCCUGUUUGACAGCACGCCACCUGCCGUGGAUGAGGAGAUAAAGUGGAAUUUCUGUGCUUGUCAAAAGGGAUACAGCCUGUCCCUCCAUUCAACACGCGCCUCAGAAGGCCUAUUAAACCCACCUCCUGUCUCUCGCUGCCUAUCUUACGACAACACAGAUUACACGUCCCUGUUCCCCUUCAAAGACGCCACUGCUGAGUAUGCUGUUAAACCCUUCUCCACCCGUAACGUCCAGAAGCGGGAGGCUUUGGCUAAAGCAUCAGAGUUAACCAAGAUGAAAGGUGCUAAACUGAAGUCUCAGUUGUCCAGUGGUUUGGCAGACAACUCUCUCUCUGUCAGGGAAUUGGAAUUGGACUCAUUAUUUAAAGUUCACAAUCCUCACUUGAAUGAAUCUAAGGUACCCUCACCAAGGCUAAAGAGACAAACCCUUGACUUUCAGCCUGUUUACACCUUCCAGGCUCUAAGCCAGACUGACCUCGAAAGUUUCGCCUACUUCUUUCCAGAUGACCACCGCUCUUCCAGCCGUCCAGCUGCCCACCCUUCCUGGCCGACACCUAGCGGUCUCACUUCUGCCAAAGCUUUGGAGGUCUGCCAAUCGACCUUGGCCAACUCAACCGUGGGCACGGUAUGUAAGAGUCUGCUGGGUCGGCGCCUGGAAGAAGCUGUGGAUCUCUGCAUCCUGGAUCUUCAGUUGAAAGAUGAUUUGGCUUGGGAGGACGCACUCGUGCCCUUCCUGGAAAACGAAUGUGAGCGAAAAUGGCUGGAGAACCGGAGCCAGAGUUCUCAAGAAGCUUCCAAAUCUUUGGCAGAUAUUGCAAUGGCCCUGCGUUGUCCGAACUUUUGUAAUGGGAACGGGCAAUGUGUAGAGUGGGGAUGUCAGUGUUAUCCAGGCUACAGCUUUUACGACUGCAGUCUCACAAUCAGUCAGCCAGUAGAAGUCACUGAUCUGGAGAAUGGCGGUUUGUGUGACGUCCGUGAGUUCGACUGUGACAGCGUGAGAGUUUUUGGACUGGGUUUCAUCGACUCCUCCGACCUUGCUUGUCUUGUUAUAAGACUGAAGCAUGCAAACGGAGUUUGGAUCCCUGAAGAGGAAGGCAGAACCAAAGCGUCCUUCCUGAGCUCUAAAGCGGUCGAUUGCUCCGUCCCACGAAUCACCAACAUGGCCGUCGACACGAUGGACUUUACAGCCAGCGAGCAGCCCUACGCCAGAUGGGAGAUAAAGGUGACUAAUGAUGGACAGCAGUACAGCGAUGGCAAGAUUUUAACCCUUUAUGAUGGUAUUUGCCAGAUAUGUGUGGCUCCUUCUGGAAUUUGUAAACUUAAGGAGAAGACGUGUAAUAUAGAUGGGAUGUGUUUUGCUGAUGGAGAUUCCAGCCCCUCCAUUCCGUGUCUCCUGUGUAACUCCACUGCCUCGAAAUACACCUGGUCCAUUAAUCAAGCUAAUCGUCCACCGAGCCUCCAAGCACCACAGGACGUCCUGCAGACCUUUGUAGGGGAGAACUUUGUGUACCAGUUGACAGCCGUGGACCCCGAGGGCUCAGCCUUGCUCUUCCAGCUGGAGUCGGGACCCCGCGGGGCCUCCAUCUCCCCAGCCGGACUGCUCAUCUGGACGGUUCGGGAGGAGCAGACGCACAGUUUCCGGUUCAGUGUGACUGAUGAGUGUGACGCGCAGAGCACAUUCACUACUGAGGUGCAUGUUCGGCCAUGCGUCUGUAUGAACGGAGGGUCGUGUGUGACCAACAUCAGGUUUCCAGCGGGCAGUGGCGAGUACCUCUGCAUAUGCCCAUCUGGUUUCCAUGGCGACCACUGCCAGGACAGGCUGAACGAGUGUGACUCGAGCCCAUGUGGAGCAGGAGUGUGCGAGGAUCUGACAGACGGCUUCCAGUGCCACUGUCCUGCUGGACUCACAGGUGUCACAUGUCGGGAUGAUGUGAAUGAGUGUGAGCGAAGGCCAUGUUUCCCUGGUGUCAGGUGUGUGAACGUGUUCGGCUCCUUCAGCUGCAGCUCCUGUCCUCGGGGCCUGGAGGGAAAUGGGAUCUCCUGCAAAGCACCAACAAGAUUGGUCACGUCUCGUCCCAUCACCCCUCAUGCUGUCUCCCCAUCAACACCUCCCGUGGUGCGGCCCAUCAGCAAAAUGACCGUGCUUCUUCCUAAAACGACCUCCACUCACCUCUUGACGGAAUCCAGCAAAGCUCCAAGCAAGACCCCGGACAGCAAAGCCACCACCAGCCUGAGUCAGAGGACUGGUUUUCCCCAUGGACAGAAUGUGACAUUCAGGUGUGCAAGUAGGCCGUGUUUUCCAGGUGUUCAGUGCAUUGACCUCCGGCCGCCCUACACUGGCUACGUUUGUGGACGUUGUCCACCUGGAUAUCAAGGCAAUGGGCGCACAUGCACAAAACAUUCGAAGCAUGGCACACCUCGCUACUUACCGCAGAUGACCCAAGCCAAGAACAACCCAUCUCGCAUCCCCCACAGUGUUCCCCAUCUGCACCUCCCUGUUCUUCCAUUCAGGCAAACUCAACGACACCUAUCCUCACUUGCGAAGACACUUCACCAUCAGGCUACCACUCGCAUACCCCUCCCGCCAACAUUUCCACCUGUCACAGAGAAAAGAAAGUUGGCGCUGACGACAGGACGCAUGCCGGCCUCAACUAGCGGAAGGGAUCAACUUCUUUCUGGCUCUCACAAUCAACUCAAUGUUCUCCCGAGUCCCACGGAUCGAGAUGCUUCAGUUAAAGUCUUGACAGGUGGAUUUGCGGGUGUCACAUCUGGAAAAGUCACUUUACCUCACACUUCAAGGCAUGUUGAGGCACUGAGGCAGACUCAAAAACAAUCUAGUCCGGCCACAAUUUCCCAAGCUCGACCUUGGACUCCUCCAGACACCCAGCGACCCCUAACAGCAGCUUUAACCUCCCUCUCCUUCUCCUUCUCUGAGUCGGAGUUCUCCGCAGAUGGAGGCCUUGGAGCUGGAAUUCAAGACCCUUAUGAGUCCCAGCCACUUCCCCAGGAGAGCUUCACCUACCUUGGUGAACAAAGCCACACCAAGUCUUUGAGCAACCAACCAGCUCUUGAGAAAGGUAGACACCCAAGCAAAACCAGCAACGUGGUUCUCUUAGAGGAGAGAAGUUUCUCCUGUGCAGAUGUUUCUUGCUUCCCUGGAGUACACUGUGAGCUUGCAGGGGAUGGACAAUCUAGAUGUGGACGGUGUCCUUUGGGGUACACCGGAAAUGGACAAAUGUGCAGAGCCGUGUGCAGACAUGCCUGCGGUAGAAACAUGGAGUGCGCGGCCCCCAACACGUGUCGCUGCAAGAAGGGCUACAGUGGUGCCAACUGCGAAACAGCUGUCUGCCAUCCAGCCUGUCUAAAUGGAGGGAAAUGUAUAGCGCCUGAUAUAUGUGAAUGCCUGUCUGGGUACCAUGGAGAGAUCUGUGAAAGUGCUCUCUGCAGUUUGCCCUGCCUGCACGGAGGCACCUGCGUGGGCCGAGACACCUGCUCAUGUCCCUAUGGCUUCGUAGGCCCCAGAUGUGAAACCAUGGUGUGCAACCAUCACUGUCAAAACGGCGGAAAGUGCACGUCGCCGGAUGAGUGCGAAUGUCUGGCGGGUUGGACGGGACCAUCUUGCGAGACAGCUCUGUGUGACCCCGUGUGUCUCAACGGAGGGACCUGCGUUCGGCCCAACUCCUGCACCUGCCAGCAUGGUUUCUACGGGGCGCGCUGUCAAAACGCCGUCUGCAAUCCACCCUGCAAAAAUGGCGGACACUGUGUACGAAACAACGUCUGCUCAUGUGUGGAGGGAUAUUCAGGGCAGCGCUGUGAGAAAAGUGUGUGUGAACCAGUGUGUGUGAACGGAGGACGCUGCAUUGGACCAGAUGUUUGUGACUGUGCAUCGGGCUGGAGAGGAAAGAGAUGUGAUAAACCGGUGUGUGUGCAGAAGUGUGUGAAUGGUGGUGAGUGUGUGGGGCCGAACAGCUGCCUCUGCAGUCCCGGCUGGAGAGGAACAAUCUGCCAGAUCCCCAUCUGUGAACAGCGCUGUUUGUUUGGAAGUCGAUGUGUUCGACCCAACGUGUGCGCCUGCAGAAGCGGAUACAUGGGGACUCUCUGCUCUAGAAAACUUGCUGUCCAGAGAGGAUGAGGAGAUGAUGUGAGUGUCAUUUCUGCACUGAGGACUAUUUUUACUACUUAUUUUUUUAACCUGACCGAGUUAUAAUAUCUGUUUCAAUUUGUAAAUAUCAUAUCUGAGAAUAUUAUUUAUGCAUAAGGUAUAAUAUAAUGUUUUGUUCACACUUUUUUAAACAUUACAGUAUUUGUGAAAACGAUUUUAACAAUAAAUGAGUGUAUUUUAUGAAACAUU